GGUAUGUGAUGUCAUCAUCCCGCGACUAGCAGUGGACCCUCAUGAGAAAAAAGCUUUUUUGGCGACUUGGGAAGUAGCACUCAUGGCAACAGAAGGUGUGGAAAAGACGAGUGAAGAUGCUCCAGCAACAGGGAAAGUGUGCACCAGGUUUGACCUGGAGAAGGAGACUGAGCUUCGGUUUGAGGUGGAAGCAGGUGACUCGGCAGAACAAGUCGAACUGGAACUCCUCACAGGAAUGGCUGAAGUGUUUGGCUCAGAGCUGAACCGCAAUAAGAAGUACACAUUUGGCCCAGGCUCCAAGAUAGCUGUUUUCACAUGGCAAGGCUGCAGUGUGAAUCUUUAUGGAAAGCCAGAGGUGGCUUAUGUAUCCAAGGAUACUCCAAUGCUGCUCUACUUGAACACACAUGCUGCCCUGGAACAGAUGAGGAAACAAGCAGAGCGGGAAAAUGAGAGAGGACCGAGGGUGAUGGUAGUCGGUCCUACAGAUGUGGGGAAGUCUACAGUUUGUCGGAUGCUUCUUAACUAUGCUGUGAGAGUUGGAAGGAGACCAACACUGGUGGAAUUGGAUGUUGGCCAGAGUGGGGUGUCUGUGCCGGGGACGGUGUCUGCUCUGUGCAUUGAGCGCCCUGCAGAUGUGGAGGAGGGUUUCUCAGUCCAGGCUCCUUUAGUCUAUCACUUUGGCUCUACUACUCCUGGAACCAACAUCAAACUUUACAACAAGCUGACUUCAUGCCUGGCAGAAGUGUUUUCUCAGCGCUGUGAGGUGAACAGGAAGGCCAGUGUUGGAGGCUGUAUCAUCAACACCUGUGGCUGGGUGAAAGGUUCUGGAUACCAGGCUCUGGUCCACUGUGCUUCCACCUUUCAGGUAGAUGUAGUACUGGUGUUGGACCAUGAGAGGCUCUACAACGAACUCAAACGAGACCUGCCCCACUUUGUGCGAGUUGUUCUCCUGCCCAAAUCCGGGGGAGUGGUCGAACGCUCCAAGGAGUGCCGACGGGACACCCGAGAUGAGAAGAUCCGUGAGUAUUUCUAUGGCUUUCGUGGAGUGUCUUUCUACCCUUUCUCUUAUGAAGUGCGCUUCUCAGACGUCCGCAUCUACAAGAUUGGAGCACCAUCUAUCCCAGACUCGUGCUUACCUCUGGGAAUGUCUCAGGAUGAUACACAACUAAAACUAGUUCCUGUGACACCAGGGAGAGACCUGACCUAUCAUGUGUUGAGUGUGAGCAGCGCCGAGGAUGGAGACGAAGGUGCUAGAAAGAGCAUUGUGGAAAGCCCUGUGUGUGGCUUCAUUGUAGUAACUUUUGUAGACACUCAGACACAGGUGAUGAAAGUGCUGUCCCCAGCACCCAGACCUUUACCCAGACACACUCUGCUUAUCAUGGACAUCCGCUUCAUGGACAUGAAGUGAAGUGCAAUAUUUAGAAAGGAGACUCGGGACGAAGUGGAAAUCAUAUUAGGGAGCAGUCAUUCUGGAUUUUAUUUUCAUGUUUGUAUUGUGCUUUGUAAAGAACAGAGUUGUAAAUUACACUGUACAAAUGUUUUUCACUUAAAAGUGCAGAAAAGUUUUUCUUGAUAAUCUGUUUUCUAAACAUUGACUUUUUCUCUUUAGUAAUAAAUUUUAAUAGUAAAAACACAAUGUGGUAAUUAUUGCUGACUUACACUCCAGCAACAGUUAGUUCUGCAUUCAUCCAACUUCUGCAUUUGUAUAUCUGGCCAUCAAUAUUACUCGAUGAAACUUCAAAAAAAUGUAAGGUUCAUGUCUACAAAUUUCAGGUGUAACUAAGAAGCUUUGCUCAAGUUUUCUAGAAACUUUAAUAAAACUUGUAAAGUCA